AUUAUCUACCUCUUUCUGUCUCGCCUUUCUUCCCAUUGCUCUCCUGAAGGAUGCCAUGAUUUCAAAUCCCCCGUUUCGAGGUUGGCUUCCAGUGUCAAGAGUGAAGAAUCGGUAAUCCUGGACGAGAGAAAAGACGUUACUUUGAAAGCCUCGAGGAAAAUGUGCCAAGAGGGUAGCAGAGACGUCGCGUGGCUGCAGUGACACAGGAUGGACGUAUCCUCGCAGGUGGCAGAGAUGGCGGGGCAGCUGGCCCAGGCUGUCAACACCACCAUGGACCCGACAGUCCCGCACACCGUCCGAUUGGCCUCGUACAACCUCUUAGAGAAGGUCAAAGAGGAGAGUGAGGUGGCAGUCGGUUGCGGAUUCCACAUGGCCCACCCUUCCAAGGAACCGGUCGUGCGCCACUUGGGUCUCCAGUUACUCGAACACACCAUCAAGUACAAGUGGAAUGAUCUGUCGGUCCAGCAGAAAGUCUUUAUUAAGAACUUGGAGUCGAACCAGAGGAGGAGAGACCUGUACCAGGCAAUGACAGCCAAUAUGGAGAGCAUGUUUGGCUUUUUCUUGUCGUUGCUUGAAGAGAAUUACAAGCUGUACGAAGCCACCAUGAAAGCGCAGAACCUCCAGCCAGCACAGCAACACUGCAGGGUCAUGCAGGUAGUUCUGAUGACUCUGACAGUGUAUGUGGAGUGGGUUUCAGUGCAACACAUCUUCGCAGAUGAUGGAAAACUCCUGAAGUCACUCUGCUUCUUGUUAAGCGAAGACAAUCUCAAGAUGGAGGCUGCAGAAUGCCUGUUGCAAAUUGUGAGCCGGAAAGGAAAAUUGGACGAGCGAAGACCCCUCAUUCUCCUGUUUGGCAAGUCUCCGAUGUCAACCAUAUUUGCGGCAGCAGACAGAGCAGUGAUGGGGACCCUGAGUGAACACAAUUACCGCUUCCUCAAAACGCUAACUCAGGUGCUCACAGCACUAGGCUCCCAACUGUGUGCGUUGUGGGGUAAGGAAGCAGACGUUGGUGAACCCCCAAACUUCCGUGUGUACCUGGACGCGAUGCUGGCCUUCACAGGACACCCAAGCCUCCAUAUUUACAACUUCACCAAUGGGCUCUGGGGGCAGCUCUUCCGACACGAGCACAUACCUCAGAGCAAAACCCUCCAAGCUGUUUUGCCGUCGUGGAUCACCAUUGUCUCGCGAAUGGUCAUGAAGCAUGGGUAUCCUUCGAAGAACGACUCGGAGAGCUGUCAGUAUUCGAGACUGGAUUUUGACAGUGAUGAGGACUACUCGUAUUUCUUUUAUAAGGUGCGCUCGGAGACCCUGGAGACGAUCAAGGCGGCUUCCCUCCUGGCACCCGAGACCCUGUACAGCUUUGUGGAGGAGUGGCUGAAGAACCAGGUGAAGAAGGCAGCUGAUCUGGGCCAGCAAGAGAAACAGCUGUGCAACCUCUUCUCUCCUUUCUACCUCGAGUGGGAAGCGUUGUCUCAGGUGUUGGAGAGUGUGAUGAGUAGAGUGAUGCAGAGUGAAAGUUACAAACCCACAGCAGAGAGUGGGCUGGAGCUACUGCGUCUGUGCCUCUCGUACCAGACCACAGACCCACUAAUUCUGUCCACCCUGCUCUCCUGCAUCUCCGGGCUCUUUGUCUUCAUCCGGCUGGUGCCAAGUGUGCUGCCUGAUGUGCUCAACAAAAUCUUCUCAGCCCUGACUUUCUCUUUGCCCGGUCAGACUAAAGACUCCCGGAGUAGGGCAGUCAAGAACGUGAGGCGACAUGGGUGUUCGCUCAUGGUGAAGAUUGCGCGUAGCUACCCAGACAUCUUGCUUGAGGCCUUUGACUUCAUCAACGGUGUGGUAGACAGCCUUAGCCACAACCCACAGGAGCUAUCCCAGAUGGAGAAGGUGACCCUCCAAGAGUCCCUCAUGAUCAUCAACAAUCACUUCCACAUCUUCGAGAAACAGAGCGGCUUCAUUGCCAAGGUGUUAGGCCCUGUGUCUGAGAUUUGGCUUAACAUGAAGCAGCCUUUUAGCUCCCCCUUGGAUUUCAUGUCCUUUGUGGGACUGGACAAGGCACCUGUAGAGCCCAGUGAGAAUGAUGUCAAUGGGCAGAACCGAGCGCAGAUUAUCUUUUGCGUCAACUUAAUCAUGGCUGUGAUAAAGCGUUCAGAGUUCCCCACUGACACUGAUGUGGCAGAACGUGGGGGUUUUAUCCUUGAACGCUCUGAUUCUGGGGCUAUCUUCUGCCGCAAUCCUGCUACCCCACACGUCAUGCCCUUACUGCACCAACUGUUCUGUUUGGUGAGGCUGUUUAAUGCACUCUGGCAUCCCGAGGCCUUGGCCUGUGUCUCGCCAGGCUAUUCCAAAGCGCAUAACCUUCCUGAGGCAGAGAGGAAUAAUAUCUUAGGAUUAGCAACUAUUAACUCAUCGGAUCCAUGUAUAGAUUCUCCCAAGGUCCAGCAACCCCUGGAACGGAUGCAGUUCUUCCUGUCGAUGAUGCACGACAACUGUUACCACAUCCUUGGCAAUGCAGGAGUGUCUCUUGGUCUUCAGUUCUACCAGCAUCCACACCUUACAGACUACCUGGUGCACUCCUCCCUGGCCAACUUGCACCUCAUACCAGAUUACCGUCUCCGCCCAAUUAUUCGCACAUUCCUAAAGCCUUUCAUCCAGUGGUGUCCACCCCAGUGCUACCAGACCGUGCUCUUGCCGAUCCUCAACCACUUAUGUCCAUUUAUGUUGGAUCGGCUUAGUACCAGAUGGGGUCACCUCACUAGCCUAAUAGAAAGCGGGUCUUAUGAGGAGGAAAACACCGACACUCAGGAAAUGCUCGAGGACCUUUUAAUUCGGAUGUUGACGCGAGAAUAUGUUGAUCUUUUAAAAGUCGUGCUGAUUGGAGGUCCCCGCGGAGGUUUGCAGGACAACAUGGAAGGUGCGAUGGAGGCUGAGAUGGAUGUCCCCGUCUCCCCAGCCUGCAAUAGCCAGGAGACCCUGUCCGACUUGGGCCAGCUUGUCCUCGGCUGCGACACCAUCUGCCAGGCCAUUGUCACCACGCUGUUGAAAGUGCUGUGGUGGCAGGACAGCGGCGCUUGCCUGAAGGCGGUGGGGGUGGUCGGGCAGGUGCUGAGGUGGCUGGUGGGCGAGGGGCAGCACCUGAGUCCGGACGCCGUGAGACAGGUGCUGCUGGCCGUCCUUCAGGGGCUCCACACGCACGGCCAGCACGACGCCAACCAGAGCGCCCUCCUCUCCCUGGGUCUGGCCACCUACGAGAUGUUCAGGCCGCACUUCCCCAAUAUACGAGAGGUUCUGGUAGGCUUACCGGGCGUGUCGGCAGAGGACGUCCAGCGGUUCGAGGAAAAGAUCUUGAAUUCGAAUGCUGCAGCCAAGAACAGCAAGACCGAGAAAAUCAAGAAGGACCAUUUCAAAAAGCUGGUCAUUGAGAUCGUGGGGCGCAACGUGGGCCAGGCGUUCAAGAAGGAGGUGCACAUGAACAACCUCCCGCCCAUGUUCAAGAACCCGCGCCCCAAGCAACCUCGCGUGGACGACACCGACGCCGACAUCGGCCUGUGCUCGCUCUUUGGCCCCGACCUGGCCGAGUCCAAUGGCCACCAGCCGAUGACCUCGUCAUUCUAGUUACCGUCGGGAAUUGAACGCGCGAACAAUCUCGUAAACCGCGGGAAACAGGAGGCGUGAAACCGUGGAAACCAGUGAAUAAUAAUAAUAAUAAUAAUAAUAAAAAUGGAAUCGUAAAAAUAAACUGCAAUGGGUCAUUAGGAAGUUGGGGAGGUGGGGCAUACUUUAUUAUUAUUAUUUUUUUUGUUACAAGAGGAGGAGGUUCUUGCAACGCGAAGAGGAGGAGACCCAGAAGUGCAAAUGGCUCUUGGGUUUCAGUUUCGUUGUGCGAAUUAGCAGGGGGUACUUCCUUGACGCUCGAUGUGAAUGUUUGUCAUCAGCUUCUGUGAUCAUUAAUCCUAGAUUUGCUAGUCUUGCCUUACGAUGCUUUACAUAAUGAAUUUUUGAAGUGGCUGACAAGAACAGACAAGUGGUUAUCAGUUCCUGUUUGAAAUGUAUAUAAUUUUCAACCGCCAAGAGAGAGACCUCGGUUUUUCAAAAAUUUGUUACAACCCUUACGCAAAAGACGCCACAAUAGUUGUCUGUGUUGAUUAGAUAUCAGUGUGAACUUUUGGGCAAAGUUGCUACUAAUCUGCAUGGAGGUCUUUGGGUAUCACGUAUCGUACCCAAGAUUCCAACGGGUGAACUGGCCUGCUCUCUAGGAAGUGCAUUUAGAGUACUUUUGGGCAGAAAUGGACACCUUUGUAUUUUCCGAGUGAGGACAGCGGAAGAUUACACACAACCAAAGACGGGGAUUUCUUGAUAUACUGCGUUGAGAAUCUAGCAGUUGAUUCAAUGAUAUACUAGAAGAGAUCUGAUUGUAUCUAUGCAAAGGUGAUGGAGCUUAUGUGUUGUUUUCAAAGAGUGAAGUAUUGGGUGAUCAAAAUGAAAAUUGUCAUUGCAAAGAGCAUUUGGACUUUCUCCGAGAGCAGCAGGUUUGGCUGAUAUGGUUGGGUGGAAGAGGCCAUUUGAAGAAGCCCUUAUAUGAAACGUGAUAAGAUAUAUUGAAACAGUGAAUUCCUGGAUUAUUUGCCCGUACAAAGAACAGAACGUUGUACCAGUCUUCAUAGGUCCACGUGGAACAUAAUAAGCAUCACCUUUUUGUUCAGCAUAUUAUUCAACUAAGAACUUUUUUGUGACACUUGUAGUGUAGCUGUGUACAUAAACUUUUUUGGUAUUUUUUCA